CAGGUUAUGGCGCUAGUCAUACCGGGAUACUAUACGAAAACGAUCGUCACCGAUUUGAUGGAACCGCAUCUGCCAGUAAAAAUUUUGGAUCACACGGACUCAGACCUGACCAAGUUGGUGGCCGAGUUGACUACAGCCACAUACCAUCCGGCUCGUCUGCCUUCAUAGGAGCAGAUAACACGCGCGGUUAUGGCACAGAUGUCGCCGCUGGUUUGAAGUAUAACAUUUAUGAAAGUAAAAACGCUGGAGUAGACCUAACCGGACAAUACGGCAGACAUUAUGGUGGACCAGGUGGAACCGGAAAGCCUGAAGCUGGUGUAUUUUUGAAUGCUCAUGCAGAUUUUUGAAAGACAUUGUCAUUUCAUUUUUAAAUCGUUAAUUUAUUAACUUUUGUUGACUGAUAAAAUAAAAAUCGUAUAUUUUAUUAA